UUUUCUAAGACCUGAUUGUUCUAUGUCGUAGCCUAGAUGAGUCAGCUCUAGGAGGACACCGGGUGAAAAAAAACAGGUAUUCCUGGUUUGCUGAUGAUGUGGCUGUUGCCUAUGACAGCCAGGACGUGUGUAUAAUUCAGCAAAACCAGCCUGUCAUGUUGUUAUGAGUUGCCUCGCUAACUUCAUUUGCGUGUCGCUGUCGCAUGCGGGAGAUUUACGUCACCUCUCACGUGAGACCAGCAGGGCUUUUGGAUGCGAGCCCUGUGUGCGCUUCUGUGGGUGAGCCUCACGGUGGCGCUACACCAUCAGCGAGAUGAGGCGGCACGUCAACACGACUCCCUGGCCCAGAGUGUCAUCAAGCUGUACCGAGGCCGACGGGCCGCCAUAGGACCAGGAGCCGGGAACACAGACACCUCCAUGGUCGGGCGUCGGUGGGUGCGUGAGAACUGUCAGAUGCUCGCGGCCCUGCUGCGUCAGAAGAGCGCGGCCAUCAGGAAGCUGUCACAGGCGGCCGUAGCGGCACAACGUGACUCCUCGCUCUCCGAGUCAGAGCGCCUCUACCAGGUGCACAUUCUGGAGGUGUUUCAGCGGGAGCUGAACGAGAGUGAGCGCUCGCUCUUCCAGGCGGCGCUGGGCCUGCAGCAGGUGCUGCACGGGGACUUCAGAGAUGUAGUGAGCAUGAAGCACAGCAGCAGACAGAGGCUGGAGGCACUCAGGGAGGCCGCUAUUAAGGAAGAGAAGGAGUACUUGGACCUGCUGGCGGCCGAGAAGCACGAGCAGGAGGCCCUGAAGAUCGCUGAGAACCAGAACAAGACCCUGUCUGUGCUGGAGGGCAUCCUGGAGGACGUGAGGAAGGCUGCUGACCGGCUGGAGGAGGAGAUCGAGGACCACGCUUUCGACAACAGGAAGGAGGGCAUGAAUGUGGAGGCGGUGCUGAGGGUGGAGGAUGACAAGGAGAGCCUGAAGAGUAAGAACAUCUCCCACCGGGAGGCCCCUGAGGCCAACCUGGGCCUCAGCAUGCUCAUCGACUCCCAAAACAACCAGUACGUCCUCACCAAGCCCCGCGACUCCACCAUAUCCCACGCCGACCACCACUUCAUCAAGGACAUCAUAUUGAUCGUGAUACUGUCCUUGCCCUGUGGCUGGCUGUGCAUGCAGAUCGGCCUCCCGCCCAUGUUUGGCUACAUCAUCUGCGGAGUGCUGCUAGGCCCUUCUGGCCUCAACACCAUCAAGUCAGUGGUUCAGGUGGAGACCCUGGGGGAGUUUGGAGUGCUCUUCACACUGUUUGUGGUGGGACUGGAGUUCUCGCCAGACCAACUUCGGAAGGUGUGGAGGAUAUCAGUGCAGGGCACCACGUGCCUGAGUCUGCUGAUGGUGGGGGCAGGGGUGGUGUGGGGCCAGCUGCUCAGGCUCCAUGUCUCCCAGACGGCCUUCGUGGCCAGCUGCCUGUCUCUCUCCAGCACCCCUCUGGUCUCCAAAUUCCUCUCCGGAGCCUCCCGCACGGAAAAGGAAGGUGAGCUGGAGCAUAGCAGUGUGCUGCUGGGCAUGUUGGUGAUGCAGGAUGUGCAGCUGGGGCUGCUGAUCGCUGUCAUGCCAACCCUCAUCCAGGCAGGGGAGGGGAACACGGACAGUCCUGUUCGUGCUGUGGUGCACGUGUUGUGGCUGCUGCUCCAGCUGCUGGUGGUCUUGGCAGGGGUGCUGUUGCUGUGUUCCUUCCUGAGGUCCUGCCUGAUUGGUCCGUUCUACAGGAAGCUCCACGCGGAAAGCCGUACCAACAAGGAGAUCAUGGUGCUGGGGACCACCGCCUUGAUGUUCCUCAUGCUAACCGUGACUGAGUUCCUGUACCUGUCCAUGGAGCUGGGCUGCUUUCUAGCUGGGGCUCUGGUCUCCUCUCAAGGUCAUAUGGUCACCUCAGAGGUCAUGCACAGCAUCGAGCCAAUCAAGGACUUCUUGGCUAUCAUAUUUUUCGCUUCCAUAGGUCUUCAUGUGUUCCCCACCUUUGUGCUGUAUGAGCUCACCAUCUUGACGGUUUUAACUUUCUCAUUGGUCAUCUUAAAGUUCCUCCUGGCGGUGGUGGUGUUGUUCGCCCUCUUGCCGCGCGGCUCUCGCCACAUCUGCUGGCUGGUGUCGGCCGGACUGGCGCAGGUCAGCGAGUUCUCCUUCGUACUGGGGAGCCAGGCGCGCCGCACCGGCCUCAUAUCACGAGAGGUCUACCUGCUGGUGCUCAGCGUGACUACUCUGAGUUUGCUGCUGGCCCCGGUGCUGUGGUAUGCUGCCCGGUUCUUCUUCCUGCCCCAUGUGGUGGAGCGCAAGCCGGUCAACUACUCCUGAACUACUGUGCUGUGCUUCACUGCACUGCCCUCUAGAGGGGCAAUCUGGAACCGCACCUCCACAGCCUCCAGCUCUCACAACCAAAAUGCUGCUCAGUUAUGGAGAGUGGUGGGCGGCCGGUAGGUGUGUCUGACACAACAUUGUGAUCUACUGAUUACUGAAUGGCUGGUGGAUUUUGUCACUGUGAUCCGUCCAUGGAUGUAUUGUUUACUGACUGAGAUGCUGAUGAAUUUCACCAUGUAUUUGGUCAUUGGGUGCUUCCGAUGGCAAAUGGUGCGCACAAAAAAUUGUGACCUGCUGUUGAGUGACCUGUCAUUUUAACAUUCGUGUAUCAGUGGCGGGGUAAAAAGGGAAAGUGAAACUCAUUCACACCCUCUGCUGUCCACCCAAAGUAGCCACAGCCAUGGAGUUGUGAAAAUGAAUCGAUAACUUCCUCACUCACCGUGGUGGUUUUGAGUGACAAUGACAUGACAAACUGUCAGGGUGAAGAUGAAGGUUAGAAGGUCAAGAGUGAGGGAGAGGUCAAGGUAAAGGUGGUCUAAAUUUAGCCUGGUUUGACCAUGAGCUCGUACUAAUUUCAUUUGCACAAACGGUCUGGAAGUGCCACACUGAGGAGAGUACAGUGGGGGGGGGGGGGGAGGGGUGAACACUGUUGAACUGUUAAAAAUUUUGCAUUAUUUCAUCCAUUUGCUAAAAUGUGUUCAUAUCAUUGCAUAAUGAUUACUGGUAAGGAAAGGUGGAACUCCAGUGGAUUCCAGACCCUCUGUACAAAUGAAUAUCAUAUAUUUAUAUAUAUACAUUAGUACGAAGAAAUGGUAAAAUCAGGCCAGCCUAAAUCAGUUUCUAACUCCAGAAACUGGGGUCACAGAUUUUAUAUGUGCCUUGAUUGCCUUGGUGAUUCUAAUCCCGCAAACAGAAAGGGUUAAGUAAACAUUCAUGAAAUGUGCUACUGUCAUAUUUAAAUGGUUAAAGUUUUUUUUUUUAGCUUUAUUUUUACUUUUUUUAAUGACAAAUGUUACUCUUUUCAGUAAGAAUAUUUUUGGUACUUGUGUCCUCAAAUUUAUAUUUUUUAUUGUUUUGUCUUUUGCCCUCCAGAUUUCAGUGUGGCAAAUGCAGAAACAGUGAGGCAGUAAAUUGUGAUAUGUAAAACUGUUAUGUGAAAAGCAAAGAUGUCCUGGCAAGCUUGCAAAUUGACCCCCCCCCCCCAAAAAAAAAAAAAAAAAUCUGACCAGCUGUAUGAAUAUAAAUCAAAAUCUGGAAGUAAUCUCAUUUCAUUCAAAGCAGUUGAGAUAUAUCCAUCAUCAUAACCCAUGGAUGAUCCACACCUGCCAGUAGUUGUGGGGAGGGACAAAAGGUCUUAAAUCUGUUAACAGCUGGCUCUAUAAAUACAACACAUUACUGGUUUAUUAUUGCAUAUUAUGCUACUGGUACUGACUGUUUUAUUGACAAUAAAGUCUGCACAGGGGACAACUGGAAUAACUGUUGGGAAUGUAUGCAUUUGUCAAUUCAACAAGUGCCACUUUAUUUAAAAUCCUACUGCACUAUGUAGACACUAGACAUAGGACUACUGUACGUGCACAAGGCUAUACAUACGGUAUGUAUGCUAGUGAUCAGUCAAAGACAUCAGCAAUAAAUAAAUUAUUCAUUAUUUAAUAAACCACAUUUCAAAUUGUGAAGGCUGUACUGUAAUUUGUUUGAAUUGUGACUGCACAGUUACUGAAAGAUGUUGAUUACUCCUCAAGCGUAACAAAUUAAUAACUAACAAUUAUUCAUUAAAGGGACACUGUGUGAGAUUUUUAGUUGUUUAUUUCCAGAAUUCAUGCUGCCCAUUCACUAAUGUUACCUUU